AUGGACGACACCGACACUAGCAUGGGCGAGCUGAACCCUGGAGUCUCAAUUCGCAUGGGUCCUGUUGAAGACAUGGAUGUCGACUCUCCUGCCACUAACGGCAACGGUAUCAAGCGCAAGUCAUCUAUGAACGGAAAGAGCUACAAGGACACGACCGAAUCCGACGACGAUGACGAUGUUCCAUUGACCAAACGCAGAAGGACGUCCAAGAACAAGGCUACCUCCGAUUCUGAAGACGAUCAACCUCUUGCUAAGAAGACUGGGCGCAAACCCCCCAAGGUCACCGCAGAACAAAUCGGCGAAGAGGACGACUCCGACGUGCCGCUCACAAAGAAACUCGCCAAAGAAAAGGCCUCCAUCGAGAAGAAGGCCGAGACAACAGCCAAGGCCAUCCGCGCAAAGAAGACUGUGAAGGCCGAAGAAUCCGAAGACAGCGACGACGUGCCACUCAAGAAGACCAAGGCCGCCCCGAAGAAGAAGACCAACGGUGUCAAGAAGGAAGAUUCCGACGACGACAAGCCUCUCAAGAAAGCACCAGCCAAGCGUGCAGCCACCAAAUCGCAAAGUGCAACUCCUGCUGCUUCUGCCAAGAAGGGCAAGAAAGCUGCAAAGGAGGAAAGUCCAGAGGACAAGGAAGAUCUCGAAGAUGGAGAGGAAGAGUACCGCUGGUGGGAGGAUACUGCCAAAGGCGAUGGCACUAAGAAGUGGACCACUCUGGAACACAAUGGUGUCGUAUUCCCUCCCGAGUACGAGCCUCUCCCCAAGAAUGUCAGGAUGCGCUACGAUGGCGUACCUGUGAAACUUCAUCCUGAGGCUGAGGAAGUGGCCACAUUCUUUGGAAGCAUGCUCAACUCAACUCACAACGUUGAGAACCCGACUUUCAUCAAGAACUUCUUCGGUGACUUCAAAAAAUACCUCGACGAUACCGGCCAUGGAACAAACGACAAGGGCGAGAAAGUCAAGAUCUUGAAAUUCGAGAAAUGUGACUUCAAGCCUAUUUUCGAACAUUUCGAGGCUGAGCGCGCAAAGAAGAAGGCUAUGUCUAACGCAGAGAAGAAGGAACUCAAGGCUAUCAAAGAUAAAGCCGAGGAGCCUUACAUGUACUGUCUCUGGGACGGUCGCAAGCAGAAGGUUGGCAACUUCCGUGUCGAGCCUCCUGGUCUCUUCCGUGGACGCGGCGAGCACCCCAAGACCGGUAAGGUCAAGACUCGCGUCAAGGCUAACCAGGUCGUCAUCAACAUCGGCAAGGAAGCUACCGUGCCUACACCUCCUGAAGGCCAGAAAUGGAAGGAGAUCAAACACGACAACGAAGGUACUUGGCUCGCAAUGUGGCAGGAGAACGUCAACGGCAACUACAAGUACGUCAUGUUGGCAGCAAACUCCGACGUCAAGGGUCAAUCGGAUUUCAAGAAGUUCGAGAAGGCCAGAGAGUUGAAGAAGCACAUCGAUAGAAUUCGCAAGGACUACCAACGUGAGCUCAAGGCCGAGUUGAUGGCUGACCGUCAACGCGCAACCGCCGUCUACCUCAUCGAUCAGUUCGCUCUUCGUGCUGGUAAUGAGAAGGGCGAUGACGAAGCUGACACUGUCGGUUGCUGCUCGCUGAAGUUCGAGAACAUCACUCUCAAACCCCCAAACAAGGUCGUCUUCGACUUCUUGGGUAAAGACUCAAUUCGCUUUUACGAUGAGGUCGAGGUCGACGCGCAAGUCUUCAAGAACCUCAAAAUCUUCAAGAAGGCUCCCAAGAAAGAUGGCGACGAGAUUUUUGACCGUCUCACUACCAGUGCAUUGAACAAGCAUUUGAGCAACUACAUGCAAGGUCUGACCGCCAAGGUUUUCCGUACCUACAACGCUUCCUGGACAAUGGCAAAGCUGCUCGAGGAAAUGAAGGCAGUUGGAACACACGCAGAGAAGGUCAAAGCAUACAACGACGCAAACCGCAGAGUGGCCAUUCUUUGUAACCACAAGCGUACUGUCGCCGCCGGACACGCUGCUCAGAUGGAGAAAGUACAGGACAAGAUCGAUGCUGUCAAGUACCAGCAGUGGCGCGUCAAGCAGAUGAUGCUGGCCCUCGACUCUAAGCUCAAGAAAAAGAAGGGCGCUGAGUGGUUUGCUCUUCCGGAGGGCCUUGACGAGGAAUGGCAGAAGAAGCACCACGAAGAUCUUGUUGAGCAGGAACGCCAGAAGAUCACAAAGAAGUUCGAAAAGGAGAACGAGAAGCUGAAGGCUGAAGGCGAGAAGGAGAUGAAGCCCAAGGAGCUUGAUGAACGACUUGAAGUUGCCACUGAGUUGGAGAAGAAGCUCAAGACCGAACUCAAGACGAAGAAGGUUGAGCCUGAGGGCAAGGGACCUUCCGUCGAGAAGUACGAAGGCCAAAUCGAGAAGCUCGACGCCAGAAUCAACAACAUGGAGCUGCAGGCCGAGGACAGAGAGAGCAACAAGGAAGUCGCUCUCGGAACUUCCAAGAUCAACUACAUCGAUCCUCGCCUCACUGUCGUCUUCUCCAAGAAGUUUGACGUGCCCAUUGAGAAGUUCUUCUCCAAGACACUGCGUGAGAAGUUCGCAUGGGCCGUUGCUUCCGUCGACGAGGACUGGAAGUUCUAA